UUUACAAGCCGUGUUUGAUAUGCCUUGACUUCCGCAUCGUGUGAGUGCACUGGCUUCACAUGAACGGCGACACGGCGUCGCCGCGCAGGCACAGAAGGAGGUCCCCUGCGGCUGCGGUCACUGUGCAUGGUCGAAUUUGCCCCUUUGCUCUCAUCCCUGGCCUGCCAGGACAAGUCGAGACGAGACAUCAUCCCCUCUCUCCCCAUCUCUCGACCCGACCUCCCUCGCCGUCUCUGCUGUGCCCUGCCCCUGUCCCUGCUCACCCAGCUGCGAUCUCUCUCCCUCUCGCUGAAUCCCUGAAUUUCUCUCUCUCCGCCUCCGCCCCACCUCGGAUCGGGUCCAAGCCGCGGAGCCCACUCCGCUGACCCAGCCCCCAGACCCCCAAUCGAGCCCGACCGGAGCCCGUCGAUUCCACCGGAUUCGAGCUCCCGCCGGGUGAGGCGGUUCGCCCGAAUCGACCGAUUGGACUCGAAUUCGGGUGUCCCGGAUGCGCGCAGAGCGGAGGCUCGCGGAUCUAGGGUUUCGGAGGGCCUAGGGUUAGUGCCGGCGAUCUGGUGAUGGUGGCGCGGCGCGGCGCCGGAGCUCGGCGAGGAAGAGGGUUCGACGGCGACGUUGGGGAAGAUGCAGCGAGCCGGAUAUGCAUGGGUGGCGCGGCGCUGAGGGUUGCGACGUCAGGAGGCAGCGUCUCGUUCGGCUCAUGUGGCCAGCGGCACGCGUAGAGGCAGAAGCUCCACCACCACCUGCACAAGGACCAGCUACUUCUCCUUCUGGCUCAUCUGUCCCCCCGUCUCGGACGACUUCUCUUCCGCCGGAAUCGGCGGCGCAGCAGGAGUGCAUCGAUCCCCCUCGCCCAGUGUCACCCGGUUCCUUUGUAAAGGACGGUCGUGAGAUUAGAGUAGGCGAUUGUGCUCUUUUUCGGGCUGUUGAUGUUCCUCCGUUCAUUGGAUUGAUACGUUGGAUUGAGAAAAAGGAAGACGGCCAUCCCAAAUUACGUGUUAGUUGGCUUUAUAGACCUACCGACGUGAAGCUUAACAAGGGUAUACAACUCAGUGCUGCACCAAACGAGAUCUUCUACUCUUUCCACCAGGACGAAGCAUCUGCUGUUUCUCUACUGCAUCCUUGCAAAGUUGCCUUUUUACGUAAAGGCGUUGAACUACCAGCUGGAAUUUCUUCAUUUGUAUGUUGGCGUGUGUACGAUAUUGACAAUAAGUGCUUAUGGUGGCUUACUGACAAGGACUAUAUUAAUGAACGGCAGGAAGAAGUAAAUCGACUUCUACACAGAACAAGGCUAGAAAUGCGUGCCGCAUUGCAAUCAGGUGGACGCUCUCCAAAGCGUUUAAAUGGUCCAUCAGCUUCCCAGCAACUGAAGACUGCUUCAGUUGGUACGCAGAAUGGUGGUUUAUCUAAAGGAAAGAAGAGAGAUAGAAGUGAACAGGGAGUUGAUCCAGCUAAGCGGGAUCGAGAUCGUCUACUUAAGGUUGACGACAGUGAGCCUGGAAUCUUUAACUUGGAUGAUAUUAAGUCUGAAAUAGCAAAGAUAACAGAAAAAGAUGGGCUUCCAAAUGCUGAAGCAGUUGAAAAGCUUGUACAUCUUAUGCAGCUUGAUCGAACUGAGCAGAAGAUAGACCUUAGUGGUCGGGUUAUACUUGCUGAUGUUAUUGCUGCUACAGAGAAUCCUGAUUGCCUCGGCAGAUUUGUGCAAUCAAGGGGCCUUCCCGUGUUGGACAGUUGGCUUCAAGAGGCCCACAAAGGGAAGUCUGGUGACGGGAGUAGUCCUAAAGAAGCAGAUAAGCCUAUUGACGAACUUCUCUUGGCCCUCCUUCGUGCAUUAGCUAAAUUGCCUAUAAAUCUCAGUGCAUUGCAAAGUUGUAGCAUUGGGAAAUCUGUCAAUCAUCUGCGUAGCCAUAAAAAUCUGGAGAUUCAGAAGAAAGCUAAGUGUCUUGUUGAGAACUGGAAGAAGCGUGUUGAUGCUGAGAUGAAGUCAAAUGAUGUGAAACCUUUAGUUUCAGGUCAAUCUGUUUCCUGGUCAGGAAAAGCAGGUUUCCAAGAAAUUUCAAAUGCUGGAACCAAACGAGGUGGUUCAAGUGAGAACAGUCCAAAAAAUCCAGUGCCCACUCUUUCAUCAUCAAAAUUUUUGACUGAUAAGCCUGGGGGCACAGAUGCUGAAGCGAAGUUGAACCCUGGGGUAUCUGCCUUGUCAAAUUCACAACACGUGCAACCAACAAAUGUUACUACCAAUUUGAAGGACCAGCCCUGCAAAUCAACUGGUGGGACUGGUCCUGAGCUGCCUACUGUAAAAGAGGAGAAAACCAGCAGUUCAAGCCAAUCACCGAAUAACAGCCAGUCAAUAUCUAGUGAGCCAUCGAAGGAUGCAAGAAGUUCAACUGCUGCUUCUGGUGGUGCUAGUAAAACUUCUGAAAGUUCUUCACGAAGCCAUCGAAAGGCAAACAAUGGUCUUGUUUCAGGGAACCUGAAGGAAGCUUCUGUAGGAAGAUCUGUCUCCCUUGAUCGAUCAUUGCUGCAGGAUAAGUCAUCUCAAACUGGAACAGCUUCUGAAAAAGGACCUGAUAUGCCACUUGAUCAUGGAAAUAAUCAUAGAUUGAUUGUUCGCUUUCCAAAUCCUGGUCGUAGUCCUGCUAGAAGUGCAAGUGCUGGAUCGUUUGAUGACCCAUCUGUAACUGGGGGUAGAGCUUCAUCUCCUAUGGUUGUGGAUAGGCAUGAUCAGACUGAGCGCAAGGUGAAAGGGAAGACUGAAAAUACUCGGCCUCAUUUAGCAUCUGAUGCUAACACAGAGUCUUGGCACAGCAACGACGGAGCUACUGGUUCAGAGGAAGGUGAUAAAUCGCCGUGUGCUAUAUUAGACGAUGACAACAGCAGGACACCUGAUGAUUCUGUUAAGGAUACACAUGCAUCACGAGUUGCAUGCUCGUCACAUACGAAUGAAAAAGGUGUCGGCGAAACUAAGGUGGGAACUCCGUUCAGCCCGAUGAAUGCUCUUAUUGAAAUCAAGUACUCUGAAGCUAGUCAUUCACAGCAAGCUGGAGAUGACACUGCUAUGAAUCUUCUUGCUAGUGUGGCUGGGGAAAUAUCUAAAUCUGAAUUGGUUUCCCCAGCUUCUUCACCCAGAAGUUCUUCUGUAAAGAAAUUGGCCCGUGAUAGUGACAACAUUGGAAAGGUUAAAGUAGAAAGUGACACGGGCCCAUCACAUCCAGGGCAAGCAGAUGCUAAGAAAGGCGCCAUGGGGAAGGAAGUGAAAAUUGAUGCUUGUUUGGUUGCAAAGGAGGAACAACGCCAAACUAUGCCAUCUCCUGAGCUACCAGAUUCAAAAGCAGUUGUAUCUUCAGCUAAGAUUGAAAUCUAUGAAGUUGAAGCCAAGAUUGCAAACAAAUGCAACUCUCAGCAUGCUUCAAUUGAUUCCAAAGGAGAAAGUCAGGAUGCCUGUACUGCCCAUGGGAAAGUUGUAGAUGGCAGUAUAGACAAGGAUGGUGCCAUGGAAUCUGCAUUGGGCAGCCAGUGUAGGUUGGUUGUUCCCAGUAGAAAUUCAAGAUUGGUCCAUGCUGGGGAAUCUUCAUUGUCUGCUGCUGAUAAACAAGCACAGGGUUUGUUAAAAUCAACUAAUCAUAAGCAGCUUCUGAGUGUGUCGGACAACCCAGGCGCCUUUGAUAGACGUGACAGUAUGGCUGGCAAGAUGGAUUUGUUGGCUGCAGAGGUGAGAAAAACUGAUGCCGUGGGCAAUAGUAACAUAGUGCAGAACGAGGCUGAAAAGAAGGAACAUGCUUGUUCCUCUUUGCCUGAUGUUCCCAAACUAGUUGUCGCAGCAGCGUCUCCAGUUGGUGUGGCAAAUGUGAAUAAGGAGAUGAAAGAAUCAAAAGACAGUUCAAGUGAAUCCAAUAGCCAUGUAAAAUCUGAAGGUGUCAAUUCUCAGCAAAGCGAGCAAAGUGCAAUGCAGAGUUCAAAGAAAUCCUGUGAUGGUGUGAGUGGAAAAGAGGACGAAAAAGAAGACCAUGUCUUAUCAGACGAAGGUUCUUCUCUAGCCGCUCACACCAAGUCAAAUGCUACAGCCAAGCUUGAUUUCGACUUGAAUGAAGGAAUACCUGGAGAUGAUGGGCAUCAGUCUGAGCCAACUAUCUCGCCUGUUGUAUGUUCUUCAGCAAUCAAUUUAACUGGGAUUUUGCCAUUCACUUCGCCUAUUACAACGGGGUUGCAGCCAGCUUCAAUAACAGUAGCUGCUCCAGCUAAAGGACCCUUUGUUCCUCCAGAAAACCUACUAAGAGCAAAGCCUGAGAUUGGGUGGAAAGGUUCAGCAGCUACGAGUGCAUUUCGUCCUGCUGAACCAAGGAAGAUUUUGGAGAUUCCUGCUGCUGCACGCGACAUUCCAGUAUCUCAUGCUGCUGGGAAGCAGUCUCGUCCCACGCUUGGUUUUGAUUUGAAUGUUGCAGAUGACCAAGCUCUCGAGGAAGAUAUCCCACAGAGUUCUGCACAGACUACCUGUUCUGAAUCUGGAAAUACGAGAAGUCGAGAUGGCUCUUCACGAAGCGCUGGUAUUGAACUUGAUCUGAACAGAGCUGAUGAAGUUGCAGAUAAUGGCCAAUUUGCACCAAGUGCUUCGCACAGAGUUGAAGUCCCAUUGUUGUCAACAAGAUCGUUACAUGGAGUUUUCUCUAAUGCUGGCAUGAAUAGCGCGAGGGACUUUGAUCUUAACAGUGGACCAGGCCUUGAUGAUCUUGGCACCGAACCUGCACCAAAGAGCCUACCUUCUAAAAGUACAAGCAGUAUUCAAUUCCUACCACAAGUUCCUGUUAGGAUGAAUAGUGCUGCCAUGAGUAAUAUAUCACCAUGGCUUGCCUCUGCCAGCCCUUGUCCAGUAGCUAUACAAUCUUUUUUAUCAACUAGAGAACAGCCAUACCCAAUUGAGGCAGCACCUGGAGCUCAAAGGAUCAUUGCGCCUACAGCUGAUGCUGGCCAGUUUGGAGGUGAUCCCUGCAGGCCUCCAGUUGUUUCAACGUCUCCAGCGAUGGUUUUUCAUCAGCCUGCAUAUCAGUAUCCAGGAUUCCCUUUUCCUCCCAGUGUUCACCUUCAAACACCGGCAUUUUCAAUUGGAUCAGCAACAUUUAAUAAUUCUGCAUCUGCAGGAGUUCCAUAUUUUCCAACUGUCUCCCCCUCUUUUGUUGGGCCAGCAGGAGCGUUAACUCCCCAACAUUUAAGGCAGUAUGCUAUAAACCUUGCUGAGGGCAGCAGCAGCAGUGGACGAGACAGUAAUCGUAAAUGGGAAAGUCAGGGCCUUGAUCUUAACUCAGGCCCUGGAAGUAUAGAUUUAGAAGGAAAGGAUGAACGGGUGCCUUUACCGGUCAGACAAAAUUUGAUCCCACCCCCACACGGCUUUGUGGAGGAUCAAGGAAGAAUCUACCAGAUGCCAGUUGUAGGAACAAAGAGAAAGGAACCUGAUGGCAGCUGGGACUCAGAAAGGUCUACAUACAAGCAAUUAUCAUGGCAAUGAUGGCUCUGAAGAUCGUUCUGCACUGGACUGGUAUGCGACGAGCAUGUACCUGCAUGUAGAACUUGGGCGGUGUGUUCUUCAGUCACUGCAAUAUUACUCGAUUCAGCCCAUGACGUUGAUGUGGGAUCCAGGAAACGAAAACUUGCUGUAAUUGUUGUAGAUUUUUUCCCUAGCUGUUAGGCUUUUGAUUCUAAUUUACUCAGGAGGGGGUAUGGCUGCGGAGGAGGAAUCUUUGUGAUCCUGAGCUCUGGGGCUACUGUAAUUAGACGGUCCGCUCUGUUUGUCGGUGAUAUACUGUUUAUCACAUGCUGCAGCUUUACAUUACAUAAGAAUUUAGAUGUGACCUUGUUCCUUGCUGGGGAAGCGUUACGUCAGCUGACCAUAUGAACACUGGUGCAACAAUCAGCUCGAGUUGAUACGCCAUGUAUCUUUAAGUUGCAGUGCAGCUGUAUGUAUAAGGAUUCUAGCAGAUCAGCAAGCUAUAAUUUUUUGCUGUUUUUUUGGCACCGAAUCCAUCUGCAUCUGAUUUAGUCUAGAUGUUCUUUCUCUAAAUUAUUUUUCUGGGAGGUGAUAACCGGCAGAUACGAAUGGGUACAAGAAUAAAUGAAGUGUGUUUUUCGUUUGAUU